AUGGUGAAGCUGAGUAAAGAGGCAAAGUCAAGGCUACAGCAGCUCUGCACACCCUGGGACUUUAUUCCUCUCUUCAUUUACCUGGGAUUUGAGAGGGAUGCAGAUGGAAUACCGGAACCUGAUCUUUUGAGUCUCCACUGGAAAUGA